GCCUGGAUGAGGUGCGCGAAAUGGAGCGGGCCGCAUCUCGGUUGCGGCCAGCGGCCGGCGCCGGUUGGAUCAAGCUUGGAGCGGGCGGGUUUGGCUCGGUAACAGCUGGUGUUACAGCUUCCGCACGCAGGGUGGCCAUCAAGCGGUUUACACUGGGCCCAAGCACCAGUACCGACGUCCUUCGUGCUAUCCGGCAGAACAUCACAGUGGGGAUGACCUGCUGUUCUGAGAACCUGUUGCAGCUCGUAGGGAUAGCCCAUAGCCCGGCGGGAUCGGUAACUGGUCUGGUCUGGGAGGAGGCGACCCAUGGCAGCCUGGAACCGCCAGGACCCAACCUGCCACUCCAGCAGGUUGUCGGGCUGCUUGCUGACGCCGCCAAUGGCGCUGCAGUGUUGCACGACGCAGGGCUGGUUCACAGGGAUAUCAAGCCU